UCGACUAGCUCAUUUACUGUCGGGGAACUUGUCGAGAGAGAGGAAGUUAAAAUGUUUCGCUCUCUUACUUUGCUCGUUUUAGUGUUCACCUUGCGUUCUUUUGCAAGUAGUCAAAACAACUCGACAAACAAGGUGUCUUCAAACGGAACACAGCAAAACCCGUGUAGACAGUCGUCCUCGAAAGAGUGCUGCGCUCGUGACGGUAGAGACGGUAGGGAUGGACAAAAUGGAAAAGAUGGCCGUGACGGACGCGACGGAAGAAACGGAGUGAAGGGAGAGAAAGGCGAACAAGGAAUUUGUCAUGGAAAUAACGGAAUAAAUGGUCCAAAGGGGGAGACAGGUGAACAAGUAAACGGAUGUAUAAAUUGCACAAAGGGCGACAAAGGUGAACAUGGAAAUAAUGGAAUAAAUGGUGCAAAGGGCAAGAAGGGUGAACAAGGAAAAAGUGGAUUAAAUGGCACAAAGGGCGACAAAGGUGAGCAUGGACUUCGUGGAAAUGACGGAAAAAACGGUACAAAGGGCCAAAAAGGCGAACCCGGCUCGUCAGCAAAAUCCACAAAUGGUACAAUGCAGUUCACUGAGACUGCUGACAACUGUACUCUGCAUACUGCUGGCACCGUUCGUUACAAUACUUCCCAGAAGGCCUUGGAACUAUGUGAUGGAAGCGCAUGGUUGCCCUUGGUGACUGCAAGGACAGGCCACGUGGCUAGUAACCCAGGACGCCACUGUCUGGAUAUUUUAAAUUCAGGUCAUAGUCAUGGUAGCGGACUCUACUGGAUUGAUCCAAAUGGUGCCUCAACAGAUGACUCGUUCCAAGCUUUAUGCGACAUGGAAACUGAGGGUGGGGGUUGGACUCUAGUCGCUACAAAAGUCUCCCCAAGCUUCCCCUUCAUCAAAACUGCAUUUUCAACAUUGGCUGCCAAAACUACGAACGCAGAUGCCGCGAGUCAUAUCCACCCUGACAUGGGAGACUGGGAAGAAGUUAUGUUCCGAUUUGCUGACAUCAAUACCAUCCGGGUUAUUUACAACAGGAAGGCAGGCGCACCACAAAACGCGAAAAAGGAGUUCGAAAAGUUCUUAAUGGGGACAUAUCUUCGGUUGAUUAGAACCGUGUACGGGUUUUACAAGUACAGCCCAGCAGAUCACAACAAGAGAAAUCCCUCAGUAGGUUUUGCCACUAUAUCUAGAUGGAACUUUUAUACAGACCUUGGGAUUUCGGAAUGGUACGGUGGCACUGACAAGUGGCUUGACAUGUGGAAUGGUGGUGAGAGCUCAAACAACUACGUCACUGCCGACGACAGCAAGGCGGUUGGCACCAAGUGUAUCGCGGGCUACUGUUAUCUGAACAAACCAAUCUGGGUGAUGGUGCGAUAGAAACAAACUUCAGCUGAACAAUAAGCAAAGGCCCUGUAGCGUGUAGGGCUAUCAAACAAACUGAGUAACGAUAGAGAAAAUUUCUAAGUCGUCUUUGUACCCGUAACGUGAGCUAAAAGAACAUUAAGCUACCAUGACGGGCCAAUAUAAGGGAAUCAAAGCUUCAACCAUAUAUGUUAAUGGUUAGAAUAAACGUUGAUGCGACAAUUCUGUGA